AUGACAGGACUUGAUCAAGCGCGCGAGCAAAGAGACGCCAACGAGACGAUACGAAAAGUCGAUAACCGGAACACGGUCAAGGCGCUCGAGGCCCGCGUGGACGACUGGAAAGGCCACCAGCUGCACAAUUUCGGCGAGCUCCUGCUCGAGGAUAUUUUUAUCGUGACCAAGGCCGAGGUCGAUCGCGAGUACCACGUCUUUUUGUUUGAAAAGAUCAUCUUGUGCUGUAAAGAGGUUGUCGCCAUGGACCCGCGCAAGGCCGGGACGAUCGGCAAGGUCAGCAAGAGCGGGUCGCUCUUGAAGAAGCAGCAGUCGUUGGGGCCUGGUGGGAUGCCUUCCCCCGCGUUGGGAGCUGGAGCCAAGAGGAAGACGCCGUUGUUGCUCAAGGGGAGAAUUUUCUUGAAUAAUGUCACCAAGACUGUCGCUGGCAAGCCCAGCCAUGCUUUGCAAGUUUGGUGGCGCGGAGACGACGACCUCGAGUUUUUCACGCUACGAUGCCGAUCCGAGGAGCAAUUGACCAAGUGGGAGACGAAUAUAAAUCAAUUAAUUAAAGAGAAUGCGAAUCGACGAGCGAGCGACCGUGCCGCACGGCAACAACAUGAUCGGGCCUUGUCGACCAGUUCGGCACUGAGCUAUGCCGCCACCCUCCCCCCUACUCUUCCAACCAACCCCUCCCCCCCUAUCCUGGUCCCCGAACGCCAAGGCUCCAUGGCCAUCCGUUUGUAG